AUGUCGUCGCGACGGAGCACUAAAGACGCGGAGGAUGAGCCUCGAGGCUUGAUCUUCUCCCUGAUAGCUCUGGUCAAAGAUGCCAUUCUCGCGCCUAUACGACCUUUCGUCUCACGAACCGCCCUACGAGCCUACCUGGCCACCUUCCUCGCCGUCAUCACCGCCUUCAUACUCCUGGGUUUCGCCAUUGCUGCCUACACCCUCUUUUACUGGCAGUACAUUCCUCGCAUCGGCUUCGAGCGAACGAUCCACCUACAGUUCGACAGUGUGUACACGAACCGUAUCACGUCCCACUUCCCGUAUGGGAGUGCCAACCUGGGCAAUGAGAUCAUGAGUGGACAAGGAUACGACGUGGUAAUAGAGCUCGACAUGCCACGGACGAAGGACAAUUCCGAAGCUGGGAACUUCAUGGUCGAGCUUAACAUGUACGGCUCAUCUAGUAGAAGCACUGCGGGCAUGCCACAGUCUGGAAUAGCUGGCACACCUACGUCUCUGUCGGAAAACGACGCACUCCUACUUGCGACCUCCAGACGACCUGCGAUCAUGCCAUAUCGAUCACAGUGGAUCGAUCUCAUUCAUAAGGGAAUUGAGCUUCCUUGGUACAUCCUCUGCCUGCGCUCCGAGUCAAAUACACUACGCAUACCCGUCUUUGAAGAAGUCAAUUUUGCCAAAGGCACAAAGAAUGCACCUGCGUCCAUGCGACUUGAGAUCCAGAGCACACAUCGUCUGCAGAUCUACGGUGCGAAAGCCUUGUUCCGCGCGAGGUUCGCGUUUCCAAGCAUGAAGUGGGCCAUGUACAAUCAUCGCCUGAUCUCGGCCUUCAUCUUCAUCUCCACAUUUUGGAUGACAGAGCUUGUCUUCUUCGGUCUAGCGUGGGGAGCUUUAGCACUUUACCUGCAGCAGCCAGAUGUCGGCAAGAUCAAGGCAGAAGAGGUGGGAGCGAGCAGUACCGCGAAGAAGAUCAAGCAGGAAGAGGAAGACGACGAUGUGCCAGCAAAACUUUCGGAUACUGAGCGGACAUUCCCCACAUUGAGUGGCCAGGCACCGCUACGUUAUAGCUCACCUACUGAACGUGAGAUCAAGCGCGAGCCAGAUGUUGAGGAUGAGACAGUCGUGGUGCCUGAAGCUGUUGCAAGAGCUACCGAUGCAGAUGUGGAGGACGAAGAUGAAGAUGUGGACUUCUUCGAUUCAGGUAUAGGCACGAGUCUUGAGAGUUCUGGCCCUGGAAGACGAGACAGCGUGCGGCGUAGACGAGACAGGCAAGGAGGUGGUGGUACGCCUGUGAAGCAGGAAGUACGCGACGACUAUUAA